AUGCCUGCAAUAGAUGCUCUUCUUGAGAUGGACGAGAUGUCCCUUAAAGAGCUCGGCAGUGCCUUAAAGGCAGGCGAUUUGGCUGAAGUGGUCAUUGUACGACCAGGCGAAGAGAUAAACUCGUCAUCGCUUCUAGAUGAAACUGUCUUGGAGGAACUUAAGAGAGUACUGAACACACGAAUUGGAUCGUCGAUCCUACGGAAUCCCUUGAAUCCGUACUAUCCUUUGGUAAAGAAAUUUCAAGACGUCGUCUCCAAAGACCCGCCUUCAGUACUACCUCCGGACCGAGGUGUGCGUCAUGAGAUCGACAUGGUUCCGGAAAUUAAAAUACUGUGUAACACGCCAACGACCCCUGCCCAAGGAGCAGUGCGACGUCAUUAA